UCUGAGCGUACUAUUCUCUUCCUUGUCGUAUAGAAGUCGCUAGUACACUAGGCACGAUGAAGACUGGUGCGAAGUUCUCUGUGGUGGUUCAAGUAUUCCUCGUCUACCAAGUGACGACAGAAAUCAUACAUAUCAACUUCCUUAAGUACCAUUUCUAUCCAGUCCAUCUUAACGACAAAUGUGUGGCGACUAACAACUGCACCUCGAAUAGACCCCAGAAAGGUUUUCACUGCUGUCCGCGUAUAGAGGUGAUACGCUUACGGGGUGAUGGAGGAUGCACGAAGCACUUCUGUAGCGAUACGUGUACGCAAUGUGGCCGCGGUAUACUACGGGGUAUACCCAGCAGGAGAUGUACGUCACGUCCAAAAUACCACACGAUGGACAUCGACUUCACCGAUGACGACACCAGCCAUAUGACGUUUGAAGUUAACAUGACCGUUCCUAAUUUAUUCCUCAUUAUGGUCUGCGAUUGUUAUGAAAUGUCAACCGAGAAAACACCAAUGUUCCACGAGUGUCUGAGACUCAAUGCUUCCGAUCCGUUCCAUGAGAUACAUUCUGUACCAAACGAAUACGGAUAUUUCAAUGUUGCCUUAAACAUAACGCAGCACGUGCAGGAUUUACCCCAGGAGCCUGUGGUGGAAUCGUCUAGUGUUCAGACAACUACUGAUGUCAAAGGGUUGUAUAGUACUACAAAUGAGAUAUUGCAUUCAAAACAAAGACAAGACAAGGAGUCGGACAUCCAUGUCAAUUUAAUCGGACUUACCGUUACCUGUGUUGCUGGGGGCCUGGCUGUCGGUGUUCCGUUGAUGACACUGUUAAUAGUAAACAAAAUAAACAAGUGAUAUUUUUUAUUUUUUUGGUGGAAAAACAAUGAUCAAUGCGUUAUUUAUGA